AUGAAACAGCAACUUUCACCAGCACGACAUCGUUCGGGCGAACAGGUCAAAGACCCCGUCACCAGACUCAAAGAGGACUUCAGACAGAAUCUAUGCGUUGAUCAUUGGCUUUCAGGAGACAACAAGUUCCUGCCUCGAAACUGUUUGUCCAAGCUCCUCCAGAUCGACCGUAUCAAAGAAUGCAUGCCGACCGCCGAGGAUACUCUGAUCAAGCUUGUAGCUGAUGAGGCCACGUUAGUGUUCGCUACAAUACUGCGCAGCAACUGUGGAAGUUAUGGGUCAAAGCUUCUUUUGCAAUCAAUCGUUGAGAUGUGUCUGCAGCAUGGGCUUUGCGAUCGGAGAUUGCCAAUUCCGGACGUCCCUACGAGUGAGUACGACCAAGAAGCUAUUCGAGCGACACGCCCCGAGUUGCAAGCGUUCGACUACUGGGGUGACGAUAGUUGGGGCAUAUGGGAGAGCUUCUACAACACCCAGUGGACGUUUCUUGCGCCCACAUUUACCAGGGCUCGGCUGGAGCACACCCUACCGGCGCGAACCAUCUUGCCCUUCACGGGGUAUGCCGAAGAGGUCUCCAGUGGCAACUUCGGAAGUGUCAGUAAGGCUUACUUGCACGCAAACCACGUUGAGGGCUUUGACGAGCUUCCCGGUGGCAAGUUUUGCAUUGCCAUCAAGGAGUUCAGGCAAGUGGCCUCAAAUGCUACUGCAGGUAUGUCGGCGCAGCUUGCUUUCCGGAAAGAGGUCGACAACCUGAAGAAGAUGAACGCACGCAAAUCAUCCGACCAGCAUCCCCAUCUAGUCAGUCAUAUCGCUGCUAUCACCCUUGAAAACGAUCCCGAAGACACUCGCGCGAACAGAUAUCUUAUAGUUUCCGAGUGGGCGGACGGUGGUGAUUUGCGCGAUUUCUGGAAGCGGCCUCCGGGAUCAUUCACGAAGGCGAGGACCAGUCAACAACGAUCCGCCGUGAUCGACCAACUUCGAGGCCUAGCAAGUGCUAUUGGCAAGUUGCACAAUCAGAAGAAUGCUCCGUCGAGAGCCGCUGCUCUGGAUGACGUCGGAAGCGGCGCCGCUGGUGUGGUAUUCCCGGAGAUAACUAUCAACGACAAAGGUACUUCAGGAGAUGCUCUGCUGAACGAUGAUGCUUCAAACUGGCGUCAUGGGGAUUUGAAGCCCGAGAACAUUCUCGUAUUCCUCGACGCUGUGAGUACAUGCGGCAUCUGGCGCAUUGCUGACGUUGGAUUGGCGAAGAUGCACAGUCAGGCCACCGCACGCCGAAGAGGAGUCACUGGAACUCAAUUCGGCACCGUCAUAUACGAGCCCCCAGAUCUGAUGGAUAAUAUUCUCGACCAUGAUCUGCAGGACACCGAUGCCUGGGGCAACGCCAUUCGCGAUGUCGUCACUCUGAUCCGCGACAGACUGCUAGUCGUCCAUCUCGAAGAUCGAUCGCUACCACCACCGCAUCGCGUGAAAGCCGACGUGCUGCUCAAGGAGUUGGAGGGCAUCGUCGAGAAGGCCAAGGCCACCGAUUCAGGUGCCCAAUAUCUCCAUACACCCAGGAAGCCGAUCGAUGGCCGUACGUACGACGUUGAUGGUAUUCUCAACGCCUCAAGACGUCCAGGAACCACGAAAAGUACAUACGAAUCACGCCUCUUACCAGGCAAUCAGCCUAGAGUGCACCCUUCAGGCAGUCUGUCGCCGCUAGCCGGAAAGGAUGUGCCUUUGCAUGGCGGACGAAAUGAACGAGACACAGUGAGCACAACCAUUGUCAGCGGGAAUGACCUUUACUAA